UUAGUUUAUGCGUUCCUUUUUAGCCAAUCUGCGUAUCGUGUUAUCGAUAAUACCAUUGAUCUCUUGCAACCCUGCAGGUUUCAGGUCAGAGUCACAAAGGACAAAAACGAGAAUACUGUAGAUAUGGCUCAUGCAAGUGUGGCUUGUCUUAUGAGAACAAUAGAAUCGCUCUUGACAUCCAAUUCACCAAUGCAAUCUCUAACCUGCGAUCACAGAGAAGACUUUUCUGCUCUUCAUGAAAAGAUUAGUUCCCUGGAAGUAGUUGUCAAGAACUUCGAGAAAAAUAAUAUUUCUGGGGAACUGACAGAUUUGGAAGUACAGGUAAAAGAAGUUGCAAAUACUGUUGAACAAACAAUUCAACUAGGCGUAACUGAAGUUGUAUUGGCAAAUGAUGAAAAUCUGAGAGUAAAGGCACAUGAGAGGCUUUCUGAUAGAUUGCAACAAGUAGCAGAGGAAAUUGAUCGUAUCUGGAAAGAGUCAACAAAGAUUCAAGAUAAAGGCAAACAAGCAUCAAAGGAGUCAACGGUUCAAGAGUUUCCAAGCUCAUCAAAAGAUAUUCGGAAUGUUAAGAACAAUAUGGUUGGACGUGAUGAUCAAAGGAAACGGUUGGUAGAAGAUCUUACAAGAAGCUACUCUGGUGAACCCAAAGUCAUCCCGAUUGUCGGGAUGGGUGGCAUAGGCAAAACAACCUUAGCGAAUGAAGUUUACAACGAUGCGUGCAUUCGUUCUCAUUUUGAUGUUUGUGCCUGGGCUACUGUUUCUGAACAACAAAAUGUAAAGGAAAUCUUGUUGAGCCUUCUGCGUUCAAUAAAGGUUGACAAAGUUUUCACCGGCAGUGAGGCAGAGCUGGCAGAUAAGCUACAAAAGAGUUUAAAAUGUAAGAGAUAUUUAAUUGUAUUGGAUGACAUAUGGAAAAGUGAAGCAUGGGAUGCCGUGAGACUAUGUUUUCCAAGUGAAAACAAGGGAAGUGGAAUCUUAUUGACGACCCGUAACACUGAAGUAGCUCGCAAUGCUGGUACAAAGAAUCUUUCU